AUGGAUGACACAUGCUUGAUAUCAAAAUUGAAGCCACUCAGAAAAUGUGCAUAUCUCUGCAGUCUAUUUGCUGCCAUCACUGGAACACCCGUUUUAGGUCCAAAAAUUGACAGUGUCUUAUUAUCUGUGACCAAGGGGCAUACAUUACUGUUGUGGUUCCUCCCGCAGCGGAAACAGCCCGGAGAGCGACCAGACGAUGUGAACGGCUGUAGCUGCGGCAGCGCCAUGUUUGAGCUGUUGCCCCCACUCCUGCGCGUGCCUCCUUGGCUCCGCUGCGCUGCAGGAGUUUGUCUAGCAAAUGUUUUAUUUAAGCAAGUUUAUCAUUAG